CAUUUAUGUUGUUCAGGGGCAUGGGGAGCCCUUGUUUUUUACCAAGUUGUCUUGAGGAAGGCAGUAGUCUGAGUGGACAUUUUUGGCUUGCCCUGGGAAAGCGGGGGCUGGUGUGUGUUGUUUGUGGGGUGUCCUCGUUUACAUGGCUUUCAUGGGGUGCCUUGUUUCGCAGGGGUGCAUCAGGGAAGACGUGGGGGAUGCCUUUGGUGGGGUGGGGGGUGCUUUGUGUGUUGUGGAUGCGUGGGUGACAGCAGUUUCUCCUGUCCUGUGUACUGACUGCUGUAGUAUCUGAGCAGUGCAGGGGUGCCAGCACUUUUGCCUUUGCAGUGCGUUGAGGUCAGGCAACACCAUUAGCCUUGAUUAACAGGUGGGGAAUGGAGGCCCAGAGACAAAGUGACUUGCCUCAGGUGUCAUAGGAAGUCUGUAAUGGAGCAGAGAAUUGAGCCCUGGUCUCCCUGACUGGCACCUUAUCCAUUGGACCAUGAGUCUUGCCUUUUGGUUGGCUUUGAGGGUGGGCAUGGGAUAGGAUGGGGGAUAUAUGUGGGGAGGUGGUGGGGAGAUGUUACUUUGUCUUAGGAGGCAAGUUCAGGAAACUGUCUGUGGCUAGUAUUGUUGUGUGGGAGGGGGAAGUGGGAGCUGAGGGAGAUGGUGGUGGCUUUGCCUUAUCUGAGGGCUUGCACUUUGGCAGCUCUUGGGCAGAGGGACCUUUUUUGGUAGAAUGAGAGUGCACCCUGGUUGUGUUUGGCAUAUAUGUUUAAUGCAUGUUGUGAAACUUGGGAAAUACAGGCCUUGUGCUUGGCUGGUGCUGGAGGAACACUUUCUCCCCCCCCCCCCCAAUCCCACUCACAGACUCACUUGAGAGAGCCUCUAGGGCAUUGGUCGAGAGAUGGGCAGACCUCCAGUUUGGGUGAGAUGUGGCCAAGGAGGAACCCAGCUUGGUGGUGCUGGGAAGGCAGGUGAAAUUGCAGCAUAUCGCAAGACCUUCUCAUAGCACACACGCUUGCUCUCUCUCUCUCUCUCCUUUUUCCAAGUCCCUGGAGGACUGCCCUCUGGAUGAGGACGAAGAUGCCUUUCAUGCCCUGGGCGAGGAGGAUGAAGAUAUUGACCAGUUCAACGAUGACACAUUUGGAGCCGGUGCUAUGAUGAUUGGCAGGAGGCACAUGAGCGGUUGGCUGAACUGGAAGACAAGCCUGCAACCACUGGGGAGCAGGAAGAUGGAACAGUCACUGAUGAAAUGGACCUGCUGGGGGACCAUGAAGAGAACCUGGCAGAGAGGCUGACCAAGAUGGUAAUCGAUAACGAACUGGAAGACCCAGCCAUCAUGCAGGCUGUGCAAACCCGGCUCCCUGUGCAACAUCCAGGAGGACUGAACUCCAGCAUCUGGGAUGGAUCAGCAGUUCUGAGACACAUCCGAGGGCCGCUUCUCACUCAGGAGAUGCCUUCCGUGUCAGUGCUUGACUACGCCCUGCCUCAGAGGCCACCCCAGGCCCGGGAUGAGGAGCGCGACCUCUCGGAGAGGGCACUGCCCAGGCGCUCUUCCUCCCCUGUCAUUGGAAGCCCCCCUGUCCGUGCUGUCCCCAUCGGCACCCCGCCCAAGCAGGCUGCCAUGCCGAACUUCAACCAGCAGAUCCUAUGUCCAAAGCCUGUUCACAUUCGGGCUCCAAUGCAGCAGCGUUACCCUGCCCCUUACGGCGAGAGGAUGUCUCCGAACCAGCUGUGCAGUGUCCCGAAUUCCUCCCUCCUGGGCCACCCGUUCCCUCCCAACGUCACUCCUGUUCUCACCCACCUGCAGAGAGCACAGCUGCUAGGAGGUGCACAGGCCGGCCGUAUGUCUCCCAGCCAAUUUGCUCGAAUCUCUGGACUUGUUGGUAGUCCCCUCCCAUCCAUGAACCCCAAGUUGCUGCAGGGCCGAGUGGGGCAGAUGGUGUCACCAGCCAGUGGGUUCCGUGCCUUCUUUGGGGUGCCGCCCCCUCCAGCACCUCCCUCAGCGCAGCAGCAGCAGCAUCCCCCAUGUCCUGGGUCCCAUUUGCAGAACUUAAGGUCCCAGCCACAGAUGUUUCGACCAGACACGACUCAUCUUCACCCACAGCAUCGGCGACUUCUGCAUCAGAGACAACAGCAGAACCGGAAUCAGCACCGGAAUCUGAACGGCUCAGCGGGGGACCGAGGGAGCCAUCGAAACAGCCAUCAGGAGCAGAUGCAGAAGGACCCCUAUGCCAAUCUUAUGCUGCAGCGGGAGAAAGACUGGGUGUCUAAGAUCCAGAUGAUGCAGCUGCAAAGCACUGACCCAUACUUAGAUGAUUAUUACUAUCAGAAUUACUUCCAGAAGCUGGAGAAAAUAUCAGCAACUGAGGAAAUGCAUGGAGAUGGCCCCAAGAAGGAGCGUACUAAACUCAUCACGCCCCAGGUAGCCAAGCUGGAGCAUGCCUACAAGCCAGUGCAGUUUGAGGGCUCAUUAGGGAAGCUCACGGUCUCCAGUGUGAAUAACCCCCGGAAAAUGAUUGACGCAGUGGUGACAUCCCGCAGUGAGGAUGAUGAGACCAAGGAGAAGCAGGUUCGAGAUAAGAGACGUCAGACACUUGUCACAAUUGAAAAGACAUAUAGCCUCCUCCUAGAUGUGGAGGACUAUGAGAGACGCUAUCUUCUGAGCCUGGAAGGGGAAAGGCCAGCCCUGAUGGAGGAGAGGAAGCAGAAGAUCUGUGACAUGUAUGACAAUCUGAGGGGGAAAAUGCCCAGCCAAGAUAGGCCUAGUGAUGACCACUUUGUACAAAUCAUGUGUAUCCGGAAAGGGAAACGGUUGGUUGCCCGGAUCCUCCCCUUCCUGUCCACGGAGCAGGCCGCUGAUAUACUCAUGGCAACAGCCAGGAACCUGCCUUUCCUUAUCAAGAAGGAUGCUCAGGAUGAGGUGCUGCCCUGCCUGUUGAGACCCUUCUCUCAUGUUCUAUAUCAUCUUCCGCUGGGAACUGUCACCAGCCUUCUGCAGCAGCUAGCAAACCUACCUCACAGUGCAACAGCGCUGGCACCUGCCAACCUGCACCUCUCAGCUGUGCUCCAGAGCAAGUUCGGCUUGUCCCUGCUAUACUUGGUUUUAAGCCGUGGGGAAGAAUUGCAGAGUUCAGAUGCUGCCACAGAACUUAUGCAAGACAACCAGUGGACAGAGCUGAUGCUCAUGGCAACCAGAGAGCUUCUGCGGAUCCCUCAGGCAGCCCUCGCAAAACCAGUGUCUACCCCCUCUAACCUGUUAGCCCUUUUCUCUCGCUACGUUGAUCAGCAGAAGCUGAACUUGCUGGAGACAAAGUUGCAGUUGGUGCAGGGAAUACGGUAGAAGGUUUCAGAACACCCCAGCUGCCAUCCUUGCCGCCACCAUCACCACCAGAGUAUUUCAGUGGAGGAGGGGGAGGCACUUCCUCCCCCGAAGCAAAGUCUUGUGGGAUUUUUUUCACUUGGAAUUUUGGCAUGGGAGACCCUCCCUGGCUCCAUGAACUUGGUUGGGUGUGUGUUUUGGUUUCUCCCCUCCUGGCCCCCGCUGCUAGGUCACAGCUCUAUAUGUCCUUGCUGUGCUGAGCUCUCCCCCAGUUCUGAUUUUUUCCCCUCUGCCUCUUGACAACAGCUGCUGCUUCUCCAAACAUCCCUUAUCUAUCCCCUUCCUUUCCCUCCCCAGCACACACACUACUGAGGGAUUGGGAAGGAACGUGCCUGCUCCUCCUUCCUGCCCCCUGGCCAUAGAGAUGCCAGAGAGCCAAGGAGUUGGGAAGAGAAUCCCUGCUCACUCUAGAAGAUAGUGGGAGGUGCUCAACAGCCACCCUGCCUCCUUAUAUGGUUGGCAGGGUUGAGGCUUUUAAACAAUUUAUUGGCCCUGUGACCUUCUCUCUAAUCUUUGGCUGAGUCGUGAGUCUCAUGGCUUCUCCUUUCCUCCUCAUAAUCAAGCACUGAGGUCUGCUUCUCCCCCCGCCCCAGACACAGCACAGGGCCCUAGUUCCCUGUGCAGUUAAUUGCACAAGUGGGCUCCCCUCUCACCUAUCCCAAUCGUGUGAUGCAGUGAACACACUUUUUAUUCCCUUUUUGCACACUUGCCUCGUCUUCCCAUGAACCAUUUUAACACCCAGCCUUCUUCUGCAUUCCUGCACCUUGUUUAACCCCCAGCAGCUCAAGAGCCCUCUGGCCACUAACUAUGGGGUCUGGGUUUGAUCCUUUGCAGGUAGAGCUCCAGGCUAGUUGAAGUUUUCCAUGUCCAUCCAUGGCUGGGUCCUGCUGUUUGCUCCUUUUCGAAUGUGGUGGGGUUUUUAAUUUGACUCUGCUUUUAAAAACAAAAAAUAUUUGCACAUGUAGGUAUUUUACAACCAGUAAACUCUUCCCUGAUAUUAACCAGCUCCCUCUCCUCUUUACCCCCAGUACAACCAGAACCUCCAUCUGCCCUGCUCCCUUCCUCCUCCACCUUCACUUCCCUCACAGCCAAUCAAGUGAAAAAAGUUCAUUUUAUUAUAUUUUUCUUUGUGCUUUUUCUUCCCUGAUUUUGGUUCUGAUUAAUGAAAUAAAAGUUUCUAAAUUUA